CACACCUACCCAAACAGGAAGUCAAGCAGUGGCUUGGAUCACCACAGACGACCGCGCGGCCUUCGGCGACAUCAUGGCAGCAGUGUCAGAUGCCCGACAACCCCCCAGCCCUCGACAAGAGGCCAGCUGGAUCACCUGCGACACCACAACCAGCCAAAAGGAUGGUCCCCCUCCUUCCCUCCUCACUCGCCAGGACAGGAGAAAUCGAAACAAGCACGGCCGGCGGAACGAACGACCGUCGAAUCAUCAGCUUCCCUACCGUACCUGCUAUCCCCCUCGGCUACGAGUUCAAGGAAGGACGGAAGGCGAACAAAGGCUCUCUUGCAGAAGCUCUCGACAAAACCCUUCUGCAGGAGGAAGCCACGAAGAGGGCAAGAAGACAAGUCCUCAAAGCUGUUGCGAUCGCGCUGGACGGCGCGCUCGAUGACUUCGGGGAGGGGACUCUCGAAGGAAUGGGCAAACUGCACCAGGGCGGCUAUCCACCCCGUCCUACUGCGGUUAGCCCAGGCCACUCUCCUGCGUGCCCACAACGGACAGAGGAGGGUAGACGAACUCGUACCCCAGGAAGCGAGGGCAGUGACUGGCAAAGAACCAGUUAACUGUCACCCCACAAGACAUCAAGAGGCCGACCCGUCAGUCAAAGAAUGGGUCAUCUCAUUCCAGGAACCAGUCAAACCG